ACAAAGUGCUUUCAAACUGGAGAUUACAGAAUAAAAGUCUGCUUUAAAGACACAAAUGAUGUUUGUUUAGCAGGAUAAUAAGUGAGUUUGUUUAGCAGGAUAAUAAGUGAGUUUGUUUAGGAGGAUAAUAAGUGAGUAAUGUAACACUUGGACACACGCAGGGUUAACUUAUUGCUGCCAACAUCUUUAAAGCUGAAAGUGUUGCCAGCGGGAGGAGUUAUAACUUACUUCUUCUCACUUCCGUCCACUUUGUCACUUUAUAACUUACUUCUUCUCACUUCCGUCCACUUUGUCACUUUAUAACUUACUUCUUCUCACUUCCGUCCACUUUGUCACUUUACUUCUACUUGGUGCGAGCAUCCAUCAUUUUAUACCGCUUGUCUUUCUCAUCAAAAUGCCCCACAAGAGGAGGAACCACAGCCACCACAAACACGCAGAGAAAGAGUCGCAGCACAAACAGACCACGCCCCAACCUGCAGCCCAGGUGUCCACGGUGCAGAGUGAGAGGACAGCGUCAGAAUGGAGCAUGGAUACAAAGCUAAAGGGGUUGACCACAGCCACAGGUGGCACAGCAGGAAGUACUUCCACCCGGCCAGCAGGAAAGGGGGCUUAUAAAGCUCCACUGGAGACUAGCAGCAAGCCCACUGUUAUUGACAUGUCGUCUGCCGGCUCUACUGUUGUCAACAUGACAUUAACUGGGACCAGGGCUGGUCCCUCAGUCACGUCACAGACCUCGUCUGUGUCCACCAUCAAGCCUUCUGCUCCCGCUACUGGAACAGCGGCCAGUUCACUUGCAUCAGCCAAUGUUGGCUUGUCAGCAUCCAAAGAGUCGCCAAAACAACCAGCCAAGGUGAAAGUGGAAGUUCCUCCCAAGGCACCAAGAACAACAGGGGCCAAGGAGGCACCUGCGUUAGAUCCAUUUGACGCCUUGGCCAGUAUACUCCCAUCAGUCGAUCCUGUCGCCCCAAAAGAGCCGCAAUUUACUGGUCCAGAGGUCAAAGAGCAUGACGUCACGGCCGAGGAGGCUCAGAAGUGUGGAGAAAGAGAAGAAACGCUGCCACCAGAAUACAGAUUUGAUGCUUUGGCUCCACUCCCUGCAGAUGCCAAACCCAAAGCUGUUCCUAAACCACUGAGCACGGACGAGGCCCUGGAAUCCCUUUCAGCAGGUUUCAUGACGUCGACUGUUCCAGCUGCACCCAAAAUGCAGGAGAAUGCCGGCGUCCCGUCUGCUGCCCCUUAUGUUGCAGCACCACCUGUAAAGAAUGUCGCCGCCUGUCCUCCAGCUGAUAAAAAAGCCAAGAUGGAGGUUGAUAAUUUCUCGUUGGCAACUGGAAUUCCCACUGCUCCUUUCAAGAAAGCGGUAUGUAUUCCUCCACCUGCUGAUAAAGAAACCAAGCUGGAAAAAACCUCCACUAAUUCCUCUCUGAAGGCUGGAUUAGACACAAUUCCCAAGACAGAUCAGGGCGGUUCCAUGUCGCUGGAUGCUCUCAGUGCUCUUGGGGACACAUUGGCAGCACCAGAAGCAAAACCUGAACCCAAACUACGACCUGAGGACAUUGUCUCGGAGAAGAAGCACAAAGAGGAGGAAGCCGUGCGAGUGGGAGAGCGGGAGGACUCCAUUGCUCCAGAGUACAGAUUUAAUAAGGAUGAACUCAAAAAACUGCCUGCCCCGCCACCUGAGCCCACCAUGAAUACAGGCGACGCCCUCGACAUUCUGUCUGGGGACUUUGUGAGCUCAUCAGCUGCUCCUACACAGAAAGCUGAAGUCCCUUCAUUUGUUCAAACUGUGUCUGCACCCCCUGCACCACCCAAGCCUGCACAGGGUGGUUCCAUGUCUCUGGAUGCUCUCAGUGCUCUCAGCAACACUCUACCAGCACCAUCACUAAAUCCGGAACCCCCCAAACUCAGACCUGAGGACAUUGUCUCUGAGGAAAAACACAAAGAGGAGGAGGGUAUUCUUGUGGGAGAAGAUGAGAACACGAUUCCUCCAGAGUACAGGUUUAACAAGGACGAACUUAUGAAAUUACCUGCUCCUAAACCUGUGCCCACAAUGAAUACUAAUGAGGCUUUGGACCUUUUGUCUGGAGACUUCACCAGCUCCUCAGCUGCCCCAGUACAGACCAAAGUUGAGAAUGUGUCCGCUCAGGAUGUUUUGUCGUCAACUAAAUCAUCUAAAGUCCAUGCACCUCUUCCUCCUACCAAAAAGACACCACAGGCAUCUGCUUGUCCUCCGGUGUCAGCGCCACAAGGAACGGCCAAGAAAGACGAGAGUUACUUCCUAUCUAUGGAUGCUCUCAGUGCUCUUGGUGACACAUUGGCAGCACCUGAACCGAAACCUGAACCACCCAAACUCAGGCCUGAGGACAUUGUCGCAGAGGAAAAACACAAAGAGGAGGAGGGUGUUCUUGUAGGAGAAGAUGAGAACACAAUUCCUCCAGAGUACAGGUUUAACAAGGACGAACUUAUGAAAUUACCUGCUCCUAAACCUGACGUAAGACUGCCCAAAUUGGAUACCAAUGAUGCCCUGGACAUUCUAUCUGGAGACUUUUUGACCCCCUCUGCUGCUCCGGUGGUCUCUUCCUCGGCUGCUCCUGCACUCUCCUCUGCCGACUUUGCUCUGGAUACAGGAGACUUUGUUUCAUCCUCUGCUGCCCCCACAGUCAAAUCUUCUGCUUGUCUCCCCACAGAAACAGCAGAACAGCUGUCCGCCGGAGCCAACAACGCCAUGGAUGAACUGUCAGAAACUCUGAUAGGUAUCACCCCCGUGCCUCAGCCAGCCCCCGUUGCUGCCAAAGACAUUGUAGACGAAAAGAAGGCUGUUGAAGAGAGACUCAUUAAGAUGGGAGAGAGAGAUGACUCACUCCCACCAGAGUACAGACCCACAGAGGAGGAUCUCAAGAAAAUGGCCGAAGCGAAGGCGAACGAAGCUGCCAAACCCAAGAAUUCUAUGGACGAUAAGACAGCCUUGGAUUUGCUGUCCGGGGAUUUUAAUACUCGCCCACCUGCUGCUGCUGCUUCAACAAAGCUGACACCUCCUGUGCUGGAUUCACAGUCCCUGAAGAGCAAGAGCAAGUCCAAGUCAAAGCCUAAAAAGGAGCUUUCUGCAGCCGACCUGCUGUCUCCCCAGAAGAGCUCCGACGUAGUGCCAACAAGAAAGAGCUAAACCUCCCUGUCAGGUUGUCAUGCAGUCUGACCUCCACAGGCCACGCAGUGAGGAGAUUCUACUUUUCUAAAUCAUUAAGGAUGUACAUUAGUUCAACACACACACACACACACACACACACACACACACACACACACACACACACACACUCAUCAGUCAACGGCGUUCUUGCUUGGUUUCACUUAAAAGUGGCUGAUAAGACACUUUCACUUUUGUUGGCGGGAACAUGCUGGAGACAAAAUGAGUUCAAAUCAGUUAAACGUGUGGAGGGAACUGAGAGAAGGCAGGUUUUGUCCGUCAUGUUGGGUUUUUAAAAAAAAUAUAUAUUUCCAGCGCUAGAGUGGUCACUUCAGCUUGCAGGAGUGUACAGUAUUAUUAGGAAGUGCUGACCUUCCAUUAAUACACUAGUGUGCAGCCUCGCUCUCAGACCCUUUUCACGCACACGCCAUUUACAAAACUAAUAUCCGUCACCAGGGAGGGUCUUUGCUAUAUAUUUUUGUAAAAAGUCCAAUUGCACUUUGUAAACCGACGAGCUGUUUACGACAAACUGUAAAAAAACAAAAAAAGAUUUUACUCUGUGUUAGGAAACACUGUAUGACUUCCAAAGGGCUUUUUUGUUUGUAUGUAAAGACAAAUACGUUAUUAUCCCUCCCUUCUAAGCUGUGUGUGGGUGUGCAUCAGGAGAUGGGAGCUAUAUUUUACUAAUACUCUUUGAAAUAAAAGUCAUGAAAAGUAGACGUGCCUCGCCGUUUGUGCCUGAAAGGGAUUACAAU